AAAAUAAUGUCAUGUAAGAGCAAAACAUGGCUUAUAAUUCCACUCAUUAUUUAACCUUUGUCCAGUUCAUCUCUGUCGGCUUUUUCUCUACUCCUGCUCUCAACGCAAACUCUAUUUUUGACACUAACAUACGUAUCAUAUAACAGACGCAUUACACUAUAAAUUUAUUUGCCUUUAUUUCAUUAACAAUACUUAAUUAUAUUAUAAUCUUGCAUAUAGAAUAGUAUAAAAAUGUUAUUGUAGUGCAUAUACAGUAGGAAAUAUAAAGCAGCUCCGUUGUUAUUGGCGUCUGAUUUUCCGGCGAGUUCUCUGAUUCUUGGGGUAGCGUGUAACUUAUUGACCAAACCUGUUGUCUCUACUUUAUUCUCUCUUCCUUUCCAUUUUUGGAUAUAUAUUUUUUGCAUUCUUGAUUUUCCGGCGAGUCUUUGCUUGGUGGUUUUAGUUUCAGUCACUUCCUCUACCGGCUGAAGUGGUAAUCAGUAAUCACUGAAUUCAGAGAUAAAAUUAUCUUUUUUGGGUACAGUGUAAGUUGAAAAGAGGCAGUUUUUUUGUGGGGUGUAGUUUGAUUCCGGCAACCGGUAAAUGCUGAUGUAUUCAUGACAAUGGAAAAGGAAGAAUAUUUGCAUUUUAGGAAAUUCUGCUGGUUUUGGAUAUUAUAAAAUAUUCUGUUGCAAUUAUGGAGCUAGCAUAAUCGUGGAAUUAUAAGCUCUUUGCAGCUGGAAGUUUGUGUUAGAGGAAUUUUUUUUUUUUUUGAGAAGUGGGAAAGAUAAAUAAAUUGUGAAGAAAUUCAAGUGGAAAUUUUUGGUGAAAUGAAGGCACCAUCAAACGGAUAUAUUGCAAAUUCAGGAGAAGGAGAUAGAAAGGUCAUGAAUUCAGAGUUAUGGCACGCUUGUGCUGGCCCUUUGGUUUCUUUGCCUCCUAUUGGAAGCCUUGUGGUAUAUUUUCCUCAAGGUCACAGUGAGCAAGUGGCGGCAUCAAUGCAAAAGGAGACAGAUGGAAUACCAAGUUAUCCUAAUCUUCCUUCCAAGUUGAUCUGCAUGUUACACAAUGUCACUUUACAUGCUGACCCUGAAACUGAUGAGGUUUAUGCUCAGAUGACACUUCAACCUGUAAACAAAUAUGACCAGGAGGCUUUACUUUUAUCGGAUAUGGGCCUUAAGCAGAACAGGCAGCCUGCCGAGUUCUUCUGUAAAACUCUCACAGCUAGUGAUACUAGUACCCAUGGUGGAUUUUCUGUUCCUCGUCGAGCAGCCGAGAAGAUAUUUCCUCCCCUGGAUUUUUCAAUGCAACCUCCUGCUCAGGAACUAAUGGCUAGAGAUUUGCAUGACCAAGCUUGGACAUUUAGGCAUAUCUAUCGAGGUCAACCAAAAAGACACCUUUUGACUACUGGUUGGAGUGUCUUUAUCUCCUCUAAAAGGCUAUGUGCAGGCGAUUCUGUCCUUUUCAUAAGAGAUGAAAAGUCACAGCUUCUCUUGGGUAUAAAACGAGCAAAUAGACAGCAGCCCGCCCUCUCCUCAUCUGUUAUAUCUAGUGACAGCAUGCACAUUGGGAUCCUUGCUGCUGCAGCUCAUGCUGCUGCAAACAACAGCCCAUUUACUAUCUUUUACAAUCCGAGGGCUAGUCCUUCUGAAUUUGUAAUUCCUCUGGCCAAGUAUAAUAAAGCUAUGUAUGCACAAGUUUCACUAGGCAUGCGAUUUCGGAUGAUGUUUGAAACAGAGGAGUCUGGAGUCCGUAGGUACAUGGGUACAGUAACUGCUGUUAGUGAUCUGGACCCCAUACGAUGGAAGAACUCUCAGUGGCGUAAUCUUCAGGUGGGAUGGGAUGAAUCAACUGCCGGGGAACGUCCAAGCAGAGUUUCAAUUUGGGAUAUUGAGCCUGUUGUGACUCCUUUUUAUAUCUGUCCACCUCCAUUUUUCAGGCCCAAGUUCCCUAAACAGCCAAGUUUUCCUGGUGAUGAAUCUGAUAUUGAAAAUGCAUUAAAGAGGGGGAUGCCUUGGAUCAGCGAUGAGUUCGGUCUAAAAGAUGCUCCAAGUUCAAUAUUCCCUGGACUAAGCUUGGUACAAUGGAUGAGUAUGCAACAGAACAAUCAUAAUCCUGUUGCCCAAUCCGGACUUCCCAAUGUCUUACACAGUAAUAUUGGCACGGAUGACCAUUCUAAGUUGUUGAGCUUUCAGUCACCUACACCAGGUCUCCAGUUCAACAAACCAAACCAACUUAAUCAGCAAUUAGGUCAAAUCCAGCAGCCACCAUUAGCAUGGCCCCAACAACAGCAGCAAUCAUUACAGUCUCCCGCGAGUGCACAGCAGCACACGCUGCACCAGCAGCAACAGCAACACUCGCUGCAGCAGCAGCCACAACCACAACCACAACCACAGCUUCUCCAGCAAGCACAGCAGCAACUGCAUCAACAACAACGUGGACCCCAGCAGCAACAGUUAACCGUGAAUUCGCCACCAGUAAAUCAUUGUGUAUCCCCUAACCAGCUACCAAACCAAAGUUUUCCACAAGCUUCGAUAUAUGCUCAGCUUCAGCAGCAACAGUUACUAUCAGUCAGUAACCAAUCACAGCUAAAUGUUCCAAACAAUAGAAAUCCAUUUCCUUCAACAUCCUUGGCACAAGACUUUCCCUUUCAGCAACAAGCGACCCAGCAGUCUAACCUCUUGCAAAAAUCCCAGCAGCAGCAGCAGCAGCAGACAAUACUGCAGCAAGCUCCACUACAAUUGUUGCAACAGAGUUUGAUGCAGAGGCCACAAGUACAGACAUCGUCACAGCAGAGCCUUACGGAGCAGCAGCUUCAACUACAGCUUCUUAAUAAACUGCAGCAGCAACAACAGCAACAGCAGCAACAAGCACAGCAAUUAUCUCAUGUAAAUUCUACUCUAGAGCCACGUAUGCCCCAGCAACAACAGAACCGGCAACCACAAGAUCUCCAGUUUGGUCAUCAGCAAUUGAGUUCCAACAUCAUGACCACAGCCACACAUCUACAGUCACCUCAACAUGCUUUCAACCAACUCCAAGGCCAGAACAAAUCCCCUAUAACAAUCAAAGCCUUUUCUGGUGCUACAGAUGGAGAUGCUCCUUCAUGUUCAACCUCUCCUUCUACAAAUAAUUUUCAAGUUUCACCACCAAACUUCUUGACCAGGAACCAAGGGCAAGCCAUACUGGUGGAUGAGUCGGUAGUUGAUCCUUCACAAGAGCAAAACAAAUCCGAAUUUCGAAUGAAACACGAGCUACCCUUCUCAAAAAGUUCGGAGCAGUCUAAAAACAAAGGUAAUGGUACUGAGAACUUAGAGGCAGCCUCAUCGACAACAUCAUACGGGUUGGAUUCUAGUGGCUUCAACUUUUCAUUGCCUGCAUUAUGUGCUGAAGGUGAUGUUCAAUCACAUUCUAGGAACAGUCUUCCUUCUGCAGCAAAUAUAGAUGGAUUGACCCCGGAUGCUUUGCUGUCAAGGGAUUAUGAUUCCCGAAAGGAUAUGCAAAACCUGUUCUCUGCUUUUGGAAAUACCCCUAGGGACAUAGAAACUGAAUUGUCUGCUGCCGGGAUCAGUUCUCAACAAUUUGGUGUGCCAAACAUGUCAUACAAGCCAAGAUGUUCCAAUGAUCUCGCUGUUAAUGACAAUGGUGUUCUGAAUAAUAAUUCAUGGACGAAUCAGACUCAGCGCAUGAGAACAUAUACUAAGGUUCAAAAACGAGGCUCUGUGGGAAGAACAAUAGAUGUCACUCGUUACAAAGGCUAUGAGGAACUAAGGCAUGAUCUAGCACGUAUGUUCAGAAUUGAGGGACAGCUUGAAGAUCCUCAAAGAACUGAAUGGAAGCUUGUGUAUGUAGACAAUGAGAAUGAUAUACUGCUUGUUGGUGACGAUCCUUGGGAGGAAUUCGUGAGCUGUGUUCAGAGCGUCAAAAUCUUGUCUUCUGCUGAAGUGCAGCAAAUGAGUUUGGAUGGGGAUUUAGGUAAUGUGCCAGUACCAAACCAAGCUAGCAGUGGCACUGACAGUGGUAAUGCAUGGAGGGGACACUACGAUGACAACUCUGCUGCAUCAUUUAAUCGAUGAAGGCGUUCCCAUUUCAUGAACCAACUUUGCAAUACAUUUUCAACACGAUUCCCUUGAAGCUGCUAGCAAUUCAGAUCACCAGAAUGCAGCAACUCCUGUCAUGUUUUUUAUUCGUGACGUGAAUACACAUACCCUUCCGAGAUCUGGCAGUCCGUGCAUGUCUUCGUGGCACAGUUGAUGUUGGAUUAGUACCUUUACUACUUUGUGGAGUGUUUUAAUCAGAUUUACUGAGAUCAGGAUCUGUAUCUUUAUUCUUAUUCGAAGGUCCAAAAAUCUGUUAGUGAGUUUAGGAGAGCAGGUUUCCAAUGUUGAAUUAUUUUUUUCUAGAUCAGGUUGAUGUAAAUUAGCCUAGUAAUUUAGGCUUGGAAAAACUACAGGAAGAAAGAUUCCUGUUGUACCAAAUUUAACAGAAAGUGUAUAGCUUUGACGGAUGUGGAAAACAGUAUCUAAAUGAUAUUAGAGCACUUCGAGUUUUUAUGCUC